UACCUUUUGGGACGGCUGGGUUGAGUGUAUGUAUGUGUGUGUGUGUGAAAGGCGAAGAAGGAAAAGGGGGUACGAGAGAGAGGGAGCAAAUAAUGAGCUGUGAGAUUGAGUUUGUUUAUGUGUCGAAGCAGAAGGAAUUGGAGCGAGAAAGAGCUCGCGAAAGCGAGAGAGAGAGAGAGAGAGAGAGGAAUGCCUUGGAGCAAAAAGCAAUAAAUAGUAAACACUAAACACAAAAUAAGGCGAAGAGUGCAAUAGAAAAAUUGGUUACAGGCCAGACAGUUGGGGGGGAGAGAAAGGGGGCGAAAAACAAGCCAGUGUAACGUAAUUCGCACGUGUGCGUGAAGAAAGCAAGAAAAACCGUCCCGUGCCAGGCAGGCAGCUACAAGUCGUCGUUACGGGCGACAUCAGCAAACAAGAAAACAGCCAGAGAAGCAGCGCAAAUCUAUCAAUCAGAGAAGGAGCAGUACAAAUUAACAAUAGCGAGACACACGGGCUUAAUUCGCUUGCUGCGCACUCACCAGCGCGAGCGGUAGUAGUGUGCGAGUGUGUGGCUGUUUGCGAGUGUGCGCGGGCGUUGCGCGCGCUCUGUGUUGCGGCGUGUGUGCCGGUGCGUUUGACUUAGUGCGAUUGUAGUGUGCCAAGUCCCGUAGCGGGUGGUUCCAGUCAGGUCAACAGUGCUCUCACACAUGUGAGCGGAAGUGUCUGUGUGUGUGUGUGUGUGAGUGCGCGCGUACCCCAGUGCGUAUUUCCUGUGUCCUGCGUGCGUGCGUGUGCGUGUGGCAGUUGGUCGUUGGUCAGUAGUGGAGGGAGCACGGAAAUACUACGGUGCGGUGGCGGACAGUGGCGUGGAGCGUGGAGCCAUGGAAACUAGCUACAACACGGCACCGAUCGGUGCUGGCAGCAGCGAGUUCGACAUCAACAUGUUCGACCAGUACGUGUACAAGACGUUUCACACACCGUCGUUCGGCGACGACGAGUUCGACAUACAGUCGAUGAACAGCCACCUGCAGCACCAGCAACCGCAGCAGCAGCAGCAGCAGCAGCAACAACACCAUCAGCAGCAGCAUCCCCAGCAGCAGCAGCAGCAGCAGUAUCAAAUGCACGGCAACACCCAGCAGCAAUCCGGCCAUAUGGUGGGCCUGCUGCAGGACCAGCAGCAGUCCGGCUAUGGCCAAUGGCACCAAGAUAUGAACCAUCACAGCCCGUACACGCUACAGUCGCCGAACCAGCCGACCUACCAUCAGCUGAACGCUAGUCCGAACAACAAUCCCACGCUGCACGUGAUGCAGCCGCCCCAGCAGUCCCCCUCGAUGGUACCACCCGCCCAGCAGCAGCAGCAGCAACAGCUGUCCCCUCAGCAGCAGCAGCAGCUCGUCGGCGGAAAUGCGCUCAGCUUCAUUGGGCGCUCGCCGCCCCAGAACGGGGUCGGCCAGGGCACGGAGAACGGCACCACCAGCGACGACAGCGACGACACGAUUCCGGCAAACUCCCUGAAGCGCCCAUCGUCGGAACCGUCGUACGGGGAGGAGGCGCUCGUCGGGGCGGCCGGCAUGAAGGCAUCGGCUGCGGCCGCGGCCGCUGCCGCCGCUGCUGCCGCCGCCGCCAAGAAGCCCAAGGUCACGAAGAAGAAGAAAAAACGGGAUCCCAACGAGCCGCAGAAGCCCGUCUCUGCCUAUGCGCUGUUCUUCCGCGAUACGCAGGCAGCUAUCAAAGGCCAAAACCCGAACGCCUCGUUCGGGGAAGUUUCCAAAAUCGUCGCCUCGAUGUGGGACGUGCUAGCGACGGAGCAUAAAAAUGUUUAUAAGAAGAAAACGGAAGCUGCUAAGAAAGACUACUUGAAGGCUCUCGCCGCCUACCGGGCGAGUUUAGUGUCAAAGGGAACCGAAGGCGAACAGCAACAAUCACCGCAACAAUCAAUCUACUCCCCUCCGCCACAAGCAACGCUGCAGCAGAAUCAGCAACCGCAGCAGCACCACCAUCAGCAGCCCCAACCGCCACCCCAGCAGCAGCAGCAGCAGCAGCAACACCAGCUGCAACCGCAGCAGCAACAGCAGCAGCCGCAGCAGCAGCAGCAGCAUCCACAUCAACAGCAUCCACAUCAGCAACAGCAGAACAAUCAUCUGGUGAAUCACUCGAAGCACUCGCCCCAGAAUGGACCCUCCGUUGCGCAAGCACCGCCGCCCGGCCACCUGCAGCACAUGCAGGGGCUGCAACAGGCGCAACAGCAGCAGCAGCAGCAACACUCAAACUAUGCACCGUCGUACGCAUCGUCGUACAAGCCAUCGCAGCAGCAGCAGGCUAUGAUGCAAAUGUCCCACUCGCAUCAGAAUCUACACCCCGGACAACAACAGCAGCAGCAGCAGCAGCAGCAACAACAACACCAAACAGCCGCAUCACACCUUCACGGACCGAUGAUACCGAUGAAUGCGCAACAGCAGCAGCAGAUGCUGGCACAUCAACAGCAGCAACAGACGCACAUGAGCAUGGCUCACCAGCAGCAGCAGCAGCAUCAGCAGCAUCAGCAGCAUCAGCAACACCAGCAGCAGCAGCAGCAACACCAGCAGCAGCAGCAGCAGCAACACCCGGCGAUGAUGAACUUGCCGAUGGCCGGGCAGCCACACUACAUGAACCAGCAGCUGUCCCACCAGCAGAUGCAGAUGCAGCAGCAGCAGCAGCAGCAGCAGCAGCAAUUUCAGCACCAACACAUUAAGCAGGAGCAGCAAUUUCAGCACCAACACAUUAAGCAGGAGCAGCAAUUUCAGCACCAACACAUUAAGCAGGAGCAGCAGAUGCAUCAGCAGCAGCUGCAGCAGCAGGAGCUGCACCACCACCAGCAGCAGCAUCAUCUCCAACAGCAUGAGCAACAGAUACAGCUGCAGCAGCAGCACAACCACCACCAGCAGCAGCACUUGCAGCAGCUAGAUCCCCAGCUGCAGCAUCAGGCUCAGAUGCAGCAGAUGCAGGGUGGCGGCACAGUAGCCGGCACGAUGUCCUCCCAGUCCUCCGUAGUGGAGGACCUGAUGGGCACCCCGCAGCAGCAGCAGCAGCAGCAAUUUCAGCACCAACACAUUAAGCAGGAGCAGCAACCGGCCGCGGCAAUGGUGCAGCAGCAGUCCUGCCCUACCAGCACCGCGGAACCGCCGGCCGCGAUACCGCAGACCUGCAUCCGGCAGGGCUGCAACAAUUUGGCGAUCGAGAACCCGGACUGGGAGGACGAGUACUGCAGCCAGGAGUGUGUCGUCGCUCACUGCCGUGCCGUUUUUGCCACCUUCCAGGAGGAUUGCCUCAAAGGAAAUGCUCCACCACAGCCGCCGCAACAGCAGUCCUAUCCAGCGGUGAAGUAGAUGACUCCCCGUGGAAUAUUGCCAGACUAGAGAGGACAGUUCGGUUGCCCGGCCGCGGCACCCCAGUGCUGCCCAGGGGUGGUGCUCUGUACGCCGCCAAACGGUCACGUUUUGUUGAUGACACACCUCUACCAUUAAUUGUUUAUUGCGCUAGGAUGGGGGGAAACUCUCACACACACAUAGGUGGGAAGUGUUAGUAGAUAGUUGUAAGAAGAAGAAGAAGAAGAGGAGGAAUAAGAAGACAACAUCUAACUAACGUCGGAUGCAUUAAACGAUAGGAAGAGAGAUAGAGAGAGAGAGAGAGACGAAGCGCGCUUGUGUAGUGUGUGAAUGAGAUAUGGAAAAUGAGCACUAAUUUUCUACAGUCGAAAAAAAACCUUUAUACCUACACACACACACACACCUGUAGGAUACCUUUGCAUUACUAUAAGCCCCGUAAUCGAUAGCCAAACCACAAACAAUAUAGAAACAAGCCAUGAAGGGAAAGGGAAAGUGCCCCAUUGGCUUGGCAUAGUAUGUCGUAAGUUCCACAAAGCUCACACACACACAUACAAACACACACACACACACACACACACACACACACAC